AUGAGAAGCCAACAAGACAUCAGUGACCAUGGGUUGCAUCUCGGCCACUCCCCCGAUACGAUCUUCAUGGAGGCUGUGGUGGCUGAGUUCUCCGCCGGAUCGAAUGCACAGGCCUCUGGCACUGGAGCCAUUCUAACAGAGUACGGAAUUGAUGUGCUUGAUUUAUUUCUUGAUGUAAGCACAAUAUGUCAUUUCAUCAAUGUCCGGAUGAAAUGCGAAGGACGAGCUCUGAAAUACGCCCAAGGAGGGUUGCACAAUGAAGCCGAAUUGGUCUUGGGAGGGGAAGGGUACAUGAAACAGAGUGCUAAGCACUGUACCUCUGAAAGGGAGCAAUGUCCAGCUCUCUUGAAGCUUCGUUCAGGUCAUCGGGGAAAUAAAGAACAAUGUGGAUCUUCAUUAGCACGGGUAUUCGCCGUAUUAAAUAAAUACUUUCUGGUCCUCAAUGUCAUACCUCCAGGACUGAUCUCAAAAGGGCUAUGUUCAGUGCUAUCCCGAUACCAUCUGUCACUUGAGGCCCGGAUAGUUGAGAUGAUGCGGACAAGACAUAGCAUGCUUGUCGAUAGCAAGCCGGUUGGACAAGUUAGGCUGGUCCUCAACAUGCGGGCUGUUGAGCGAAAGUUUUUGUACUAA